AUGGGCGACUUCGGGGAUCACGAAGCAGAAAUGAGGUAUGCAGAGGAAGACACCAGGCCGACGAGCCAGAAAGAGCUCUGGGGGUGGUACUCUUACGGCUGGGCUGCUGAGGUCUUUGCCAUAUGCGCCAUGGGGUCGUUUCUCCCGAUCACACUUGAACAGCUGGCCAGGGAACGAGGAGUGCUGCUAAAGGAUAAGACGACACCCUGCAGCGCUGGGUGGAAAAGCGGCGACGGCAUCACACCAAAUGUCACAGCGUUGGACUCUCAGAAGCACCGACACAACGAACUCCCGGCUUGCGUGUUAUAUGUCCUGGGUGCCGAGAUCAACACGGCGAGCUUUGCCAUGUACACCUUCUCCAUCAGCGUCUUGGUGCAGGCUGUCCUCAUUAUCUCCAUGUCCGCCGCCGCAGACCACGGUCGAUUUCGAAAGACGUUCCUCUUGGCCUUUGCCUUCACUGGGGCAACAGCCACUGCUCUGUUUAUCGGAGUGGUUCCGAAAGUCUACUUGUUGGGAGCUGUGCUGGCCAUUAUUGCGAAUACCUGCUUCGGCGCAUCUUUCGUCCUCCUCAAUUCCUUCUUGCCAUUGCUAGUUCGCCACCACCCCAGUAUCGAAAGCAGCCGCCAUGAGGAGGUUGCAGAAGGGGACGAUAAUGAUUUUGUUGAGCACGAGGAUCUCGCAAUGGCGAGCUCGACAUCUGGCCUGAUACCACGAGAUCCUCCUGACUUUGUCGUCGCGGCGCAACAAUCUCCUGAGUCAAUCUCGCCAGAACUCCAGCUGUCAACGAAGAUAUCAUCCACUGGCAUUGGUGUAGGAUAUAUCGCCGGACUCUUUGUGCAGGUCGUGGCUGUUGGCCUGGUAGUUCUAACAGGAUCCACACUCUUCUCGUUACGGCUGGUGCUACUCUUGGUGGGUUUGUGGUGGUUGGUGUUCAGCGUCCCCGCCGCCAUGUGGUUACGGCCGCGGCCAGGUCCGCCUUUACCGCCUGAAGUUACCGGACGAUACGCAUGGGUCUCUUACGUCACGUACGCGUGGAAAGCAUUGUUCAAGACCGUUGGCCGUGCUCGGAAGCUCAAAGAUAUUGUGAUCUUCCUGUGUGCAUGGUUCUUGCUCAGUGACAGCAUAGCUACGGUCAGCGGAACUGCGGUACUCUUUGCCAAAACCAGCCUCGGUAUGAGCACGCAAGCCCUCGGAUUAAUUAACGUGAUUGCAACCAUAGCAGGGGUUAUCGGCGCAUUCUACUGGAGCUGGAUCUCCCGCAUAUUGAACCUGCGCGCGUCCCGGACUAUUGUGGCAUGCAUCUGCUUGUUUGAGAUUAUCCCUCUGUACGGCUUGCUGGGGUUCAUUCCUGCGAUUAAGCGAUAUGGAGUUUUUGGCCUGCAACAGCCAUGGGAGAUGUACCCGCUGGGUGCAAUCUAUGGCUUCGUGCUCGGAGGAUUGUCUUCUUAUUGCCGGGCCUUCUUUGGUGAACUCAUUCCUCCUGGGUUUGAAGCUGCAUUCUACGCUCUCUAUGCGAUUACGGACAAGGGCUCGAGCAUAUUUGGUCCGGCGAUUGUUGGCGCUAUUACAGACCGGUACGGGGAGAUUCGACCGGCGUUUGUGUUUUUGGCUGUGCUCAUCUUCCUCCCAUUACCCCUGAUGUUGUUGGUCGACGUGGAUCGAGGCAAGGCUGAAGCAUACCAGAUGUCAGUCGAGCUUGAAGGGGACAGAAAAGCCACAGGUGACGACACGAGAUAUCGCACGAUACCCACGAUAGUAUUGUCAGAGGAGGACGACUGA